GAUCCAACAUCUUUAAAGCCCCGUCCUUCUAAAUCGCGUCAAUUACUGUGAGCUUUAAAUACACACACAUACGCAGAGAGAGUUUCUCGGUGGUAGAAUCUCUCGGUGCGUCUUAAUAAGGGGAGGGGGCGAAUUCGCCCCGAUUGCUGGCGAUAUCUGCGAUGCGCGCACCGCCGGUUUCCUCAAUUGGCUCUCGCUUAAGCGCCGCAAGGAGAGGAGCCCCGUAGAGGGAAAAAGGUGCCACCUUUGAGGACCAAAGGUAGGGGGAUAGCGUCGCCAAGUUACGGAAAUAGAUGGUGAGAACUGGCUGGCUUCUGUAGCAGAUUGUUGUGGGUGCUGGUCGUGAUAGGAGCGGUGAGGAGGAGUUUCGGAGGUGGCGAGGAUGGACUCCAGCGACGAACAGGACGUUCCGGACUCACAAGGGAGGAAGAAGCGGUACCACCGGCAUACCCCGCGGCAGAUUCAAGAACUGGAGUCGAUGUUCAAGGUCUGCCCGCACCCGGACGAGAAGCAGAGGAAGCAGCUGAGCCGCGAUCUGGGGCUGGAGCCGCGGCAGAUCAAGUUCUGGUUCCAGAACCGCCGGACGCAAAUGAAGGCGCAACAAGAGCGGGCGGACAACUGCUUGCUCCGCGCUGAGAACGACAAGAUCCGGUGCGAGAACAUCGCGAUGAGGGAGGCCCUCAGGAACGUCAUCUGCCCCUCCUGCGGCGGUCCUCCCCCCGAUGACGACCCCUACUUCGACGAGCAGAAUCUGCGGAUGGAGAAUGCCAAGUUGAAGGAGGAGCUCGAUCGCGUUUCGAGUCUUGCAUCGAAGUACCUGGGAAGGCCCAUCACGCAGCUUCCUCCAGUUCAGCCAAUGUCGAUCUCAUCGCUAGACUUAUCGGUUGGAGGAUACAGUCAUCCGGGGAUAAGCCCUUCCCUCGAUCUCGAUCUCCUUUGCCAGAGCUCGUCUUCGGCAUUUCCGUAUCCGUUUCCAGCAUCAAUGUCGGAGCUUGACAAGCCUCUCAUGGUCGAGAUGGCCACCGGUGCAAUGGAGGAAGUCAUCAGAGUGGUGCAGACCGAUGAACCCCUGUGGGUGAAGUCGGGCAGCGAUGGAAGGGACAUACUCCAACUCGAAACCUACGACAGGAUGUUCCAAAGGUCAGCUCGGCAGCUCAGGUUCUCAGAUACUCGAGUCGAGGCAUCGAGGGAUUCAGCUCUUGUGGUCAUGAAUGCUGUGACAUUGGUCGACAUGUUCAUGGACGCAAGCAAGUGGGGAGAGCUGUUCCCGACGAUCGUGUCCAAGGCAAGGACUGUCGAAGUCCUGGCGGCUGGAAUGGCUGGAAGUAGAAGUGGAUCUUUGGUGUUGGGCGUGCAGAUGUACGAGGAGCUACAGGUUCUUUCGCCGGUCGUUCCUACUCGCGAUUUCUGCUUCCUGCGGUAUUGCCAGCAAAUAGAGCCCAGCGUGUGGGCGGUGGCUGAUGUUUCGGUGGACUUUCCCGGAGAUAACCAGCUCGCACCUUCUUCCCGAUCAAGGAGGCUUCCUUCUGGCUGCUUGAUUGUGGAAAUGCCCAAUGGCUAUUCUAAGGUAACCUGGGUCGAACACAUGGAGAUCGAAGAAAAGAAUCCGAUUCACGCACUCUUCAGGGAUCUUAUAGACGGUGGAAUGGCAUUUGGAGCACAGCGCUGGCUCGCGACUCUCCAGAGAAUGUGUGAGAGGUUUGCUUGUUUGAACGUCGCCGGAAUUCCAGCUAGAGACAUCGGAGUGGCUCCCUCUCCCGAUGGCAAGAGGAGCAUGAUGAAGCUUGCUCAGAGGAUGGUGAUCAACUUCUGUGCCAACGUCGGCGCAUCGAAUGGUCACAAAUGGACUACACUCUCGGGGGUAAACGAUGUCGGAGUCAGAGUUACGCUUCACAAGAACACAGAUGCCGGCCAGCCUAAUGGAGUGGUUCUCAGCGCAGCAACCUCUAUAUGGCUUCCUAUAUCAGCUGAGAGGAUCUUUAGUUUCUUCAAGGAUGAACGAACUCGAACUCAGUGGGAUGUUCUCUCGAACGGAAACACUGUACAAGAGGUGGCUCAUAUCACGAAUGGUUCACAUCCGGGAAACUGCAUUUCUCUUCUUCGUGGACUCAAUUCUGGGCAGAACACGAUGCUGAUACUCCAGGAGUGCUGCACUGAUGCUUCGGGCUCGGUUGUGGUCUAUUCUCCGGUCGACCUGCCGGCCAUCAACAUCGUCAUGAGCGGAGAGGAUCCGUCCUACGUACCGAUUCUGCCGUCAGGCUUCACCAUAUUACCGGAUGGGCGAUCGGCUGGGGGCUACGGCGCGUCGUCCAGCUCGAAUCCGAUGGGUGGCUCCGCCGGCUCGCUGGUGACUGUGGCGUUUCAGAUACUAAUGAGUAGCUUGCCGUCGGCGAAGCUCAACUUGGAGUCGGUAAUGACGGUCAAUAACUUGAUCGGCACCACAGUUCAGCAAAUAAAGGCUGCCUUGAGCUGUCCCGACGUCUGACGACGCUCCGAAGAGAAUUAAAAGUCUGUGCUUCUCUUCCGACCACCACCACCUUCCUUGAACUGCCUGGGGUCUGAUGGACUCUCGAGGCUUUUGAUGUGGCAUUCAAGAUGGGGAUUGAAGUGGGUCUUCUUUUGUUGGUUGGCUCGCCAUGAAUGCUCCCCUGGUGGUGGUGG